AAAAAAAAAAAUUUAAAAACUCAAAAUUCCCAUUUCUCUCUCUCUGAGAAAACCCCAAAGCUUUCUUCUUGAGCUCGCAUGAAAUUCCGUACGAAGCUCGCAAAACAUGCCAACCCCAGCUUCACCCUCAGCCUCAGCCUCGUCGAGCCACCGCCGCGCCUCGUCGGACCUCAUGGUCCGAAUAGGCUCCGCGGACUCCGAAAUCAAGCUGAGGGCUCUCAGGGAGCUGAAGAACCAGAUCAUCGGUAACCGCACCAAGAAGCUCUUCUUCCUCAAGCUCGGCGCUGUGCCGGCUGUCUCUUGUGCCCUAGCGGAGGCCCAGGCUCAAGCGCAAGCUGACCUGCUGGUCCAGUCGGCUGCGGCGCUCGGAAGCUUCGCCUGUGGCUUCGACGCAGGUGUUCGAGCCGUGCUUGAUUCCGGUGCUUUCGCUAAUCUCGUCGCUCUUCUCUCCUUUCCGGACAAUAAGGUUGUGGAUGCUGGUGCGCGUUCCCUUAGAAUGAUUUAUCAAUCCAAACGGGCUCCAAAGUAUGAUUUCCUACAAGAGAAAAACAUGGAAUUUCUUCUUUCAUUAUUGAAUAGUGAGAAUGAAACUGUUACGGGACUUGGUGCAAGUAUCAUCAUACAUUCUUGUGAGACUGUUGUGGAGCAAAAAGCAUUAUGUCAUGCUGGGGUUUUAAAGAAGCUUACUAGCCUUCUUGAAGGUUCCCCAAGCCAGAAAGAUGCUAGUUUAGAAUCUCUUGCUACUAUAAUAAAAAAGAAUCCAGAAGCUGCUUCAAAGUUUGUCUCUGAAAGCAGAAGAGCUCUGAGCUCUGUAAUUGACUUAUCUAAAGAUAGGAACCCUCGGACAAGGUUACUGGCCUGCAUGUGCUUAAUUGUUAUAAGGAACACGUCUCCUUGCCAUCUGCAAGAUAUAGGCAUUAAAACCAAAUUGGUUUACCUUUUACUUGAACUUCUUGAUGAUCCUGGGCAAGUUGGAGAGGAAGCUUCCUUUGCGUUUUCUAGUUUACUUGCACAAAAGGAAGAUCUACAGAAACUGGCUUUUGAGGCAAAUGCUAUUGAUAAACUUCAUAACCAUUUGCAAAAACAUUUAUUACAGCCCAGACGUUACCAAGGAAUAUUGUUGGCAUUGGCUGAGCUAUGCUCAAAAUUGGAGAGCUGCAGGUCCAGGUUCCUCUUCCUAGAGGUAUUGAAAUUGGUAACUGAUGCACUGACUCAUGAGGUUGCUGAUGUACGUACUGCAGCUUGCAUUUGCUUAAGAAGUGUCUCUCGGUCAAUCAAGAAUUUGAGUGCAGGUCGUUUUAUGAAAGAAAUGAUUGUUAUUCCCUUGGUUCAGCUUUUACAUGACCCUUCUACUUCUGUCCAGGUUGCGGCCCUUGGUGCUGUUAGCAAUAUUGUGGUGGAUUUUACAACUGCUAAGUCUACAUUUUUACAAUGUGGAGGUCUAAAACUUCUUGUACAAUUAUCAAAAUCAAUGGAUCCAAUUCUAAGGUUAAAUGCUUUGUGGGGUUUGAGGAACUUGAUGUUCCUGGCAGACAACACCUGUAAAGAAGGAAUUUUUUUAGAGCUCACGGCACCCUCAUUAUCAAGCCUUAUCUGUGACCCUGAGCCUUUUGUCCAAGAGCAAGCUCUGGCUCUUGUUCGCAAUCUUGUUGAUGGAUGUUUAGAAUCUAUUGAGUAUGUGUUCGCUGAAGAUGGCAUUAUAUUAGAUGCUAUAGGAAGGCAAUUGCAGAGUACAUCAAAGGCCGAAAUUGGGAUACAGGGAAUGUAUGUGCUCAGCAAUAUUGCCAGUGGGAACGAGUUUCAUAAGGAAGCAGUAAUGCACCAACUCCUUUUACAAGUGAACAAUGGGACCCAAGCUUUUAUACUCAAGUUUUUGCAGAGUAAUGACAGCCAGUUACGUACGGCAGCCAUCUGGACCAUAAUAAAUCUCACUUUUCCAUCAAGUCCUGGUGCAUCCAGUCGGGUUGUAAAAUUACGCAAUGCUGGCAUAGUUUCUCAAAUAAAGACAAUGGUCAAUGAUCCUUGUGUGGAUGUAAAGCUCCGUGUAAGAACCGCACUUGGGCAAUUUAUGACUAUUGGUGACGGCUCAACAUGAUCACUCUUUUCUCAUUUUUCCCUGUCGCUUGAACCCCAAGCAAGCAAAAGAAUAUGGUUGCAGUUUGCAUUUUCACCUCUUCUGUUGGAUAUUAUCCAGCCUUCCAUUGGCGGCCUGCAAAACAUGAUGUAACACAUUGCUUUCAGUUUUUUCCAGUCGGAGCAGUGUGAGAGUUUUCACAUUUUUUUGGUACUCCUGAUCAAAUUACCUUCAAGAAUCUCAUUCCCAUGGUACAUACAUUCUGUAUCCAUUUUGUUGUAUGUUUCAAAUGAUUCAUUAGUAAUAGUCUUGAAUAGUGUACCAUGUGACUCCUACAUAUUGCCUGUCAAAUGUUGCACCAUUAAUCAGAUUGUGAAGAUGAUAUCAUUUCCAAACAUUGUUUGGAUAUGCUAGUGUGACAGCACAUUUCCUAUUUAAUGGCUCUGUAGAAGCAUUAUAAUGGGCACUGAAUGUGGAUGCUGUUUUGCUACUGCAAAGCAGGGUUACUGAUGCCACUGAAGUUUUUCCUUUCCACACUAAACCGGCCUGACUCAUUGCUUUGCUGGCCACUCUAUGCUUGAUCGAAAGGUUCUUGUAACAGCCAUGGAACAGAAAUGAUUUUUUCUGUUGAUGUACUUGGGAUAAUGGUUUAAUAAGGUAUUUGGUAGCUGAUGCAUAAUAUUUGGACUUGAUCCAACUACUUCGAGAUGGUUGGUGAGACCACUGCAGCUUUGGUAGAUAUUUUCCCUUGGUUGAUGAGGCUUGGUAUCAUAUUGGUUAAACCAAUGUUUUCAGUUUUUCGUUUUGUAAUUUUGUUCAAGAUUAAGGUUAGUAAGAUUGGUGUGCAAGUAUAUCAUAUCAGGUGCGCUAGGGGAUUCAAAGUUGAAAUUCAAGCAUGGAGUCACAAGACAAGCAGGAGAAACUUUCUGCAUCAUUUUCAUUUUUUUAAAGGCCAAUUCUUGGUUUAUAGCCUUCACAAUAGACAAUAUCCUUAUCUCUGUAUCUUAGUUGUGUAACAUUAGACCACCCCCCACCAAAAAAAAAAAAAAAAAAAAAAAGGUCCACAACA